CGUUGUUGUGAUUAGAAUUUUGACGUUUUUGUGGUUAUAAACAUAUUUUUCUCGGAGAAAAGAAGAUACACAAUCUACUUAAUUUUUAGUGUAUUCGCCACUUUUCAUUCCAAUUUGUUUUCUUACUACCGCGCUAGACAGAUAAGUUUUGUUGCACAUUAUGCGCCUCGUUGCGUAGUGACUCAACCGUGGGAUUCCUGUGCCAGUUUUCCUCACUAUCAGUGGCCCAUCAUGGCUGUUGUGAAAGAACAAUCAAUUCCAUUUCCCAGUGGCUAAUCUUCUGCACGUUUGAACUUCUUAUACUCUUAUUUUUAUACUACACUGCAAUUUCGGACUUGUUCAAACCCAGCUCAACAGUAUAAUCCUCUCUCAUCAAACCCUCCAUCUGGAUGCCUGGCGAGCGGCCAGUUGAGAGCAGACUCGUAACCUUGCAUCCUGAGCCCUUCGACUCCUAGCCUUUUGAGCACACUUCAGCCUUCCAUCGAGCUCAGAUUCACCUGAAUAUUGUUGGUUAGCGGUAUCAUAGUAAGAGAUAAAUUCAUAUUAGUAAUAUUUUGUAUCUAUAUCAGCUUAAAGUACCAUGACCUAAGUUUUUGUAGCAGUCGAAUUUAUUGCUGUAACGAUUUCUGUAAGAGUUGUACUUCAUUAACUUCUACUGCUAGGUCUAUAUUUUCUCUCAUUUUGUCCUAAGAAUCUUACUUUCAGGUCAAAACCCUCUCGACGUCUGACAGUAGAUGUCAGGUACUGCUUAAAUCUAAUUUCAUUUCAAGGAUCUUCUAAACCGGCAAGAUGGUGUUAGCAGAUUUAGGAAGAAAAAUUUCUCUGGCCUUUAGGUCAUUGAACAAUGCCACAAUUAUCAAUGAGGAAGUUUUAAAUUCUAUGUUAAAAGAAGUAUGCGCAGCUUUGUUAGAAGCUGAUGUUAAUAUUCGUCUAGUAAAGAAACUUCGCGAAAAUGUGAAAGCUGUAAUAGAUUUUGAUGUUAUGGCCAGUGGAAUGAGCAAGCGCAAAGCCAUUCAAACUGCAGUAUUUCAAGAAUUAGUUAAAUUAGUUGACCCUGGAGUGAAAGCAUUUCAGCCAAAGAAGGACAAAGUCAAUAUCAUUAUGUUCGUAGGUCUGCAAGGAUCUGGAAAAACAACCACCUGUACAAAGUUAGCCUAUCAUUACCUAAAAAAGAACUGGAAAGCAUGUCUAGUCUGUGCAGAUACCUUCCGAGCUGGUGCCUACGACCAGCUAAAACAAAAUGCAACGAAAGCUAGAAUACCCUUCUAUGGAAGCUAUACAGAAGUAGAUCCUGUAGUGAUAGCUCAAGAUGGUGUAGAGAUGUUCAAAAAAGAAGGGUUUGAAAUUAUAAUUGUUGACACAAGUGGAAGGCAUAAGCAAGAAGAAUCUCUUUUCGAAGAAAUGUUGUCUGUCGCUAAUGCCAUCAAACCUGACAAUAUCGUUUUUGUGAUGGAUGCAACAAUUGGUCAGGCCUGUGAAUCUCAAGCUCUUGCCUUUAAGGAGAAGGUAAAUGUAGGAUCAGUUAUCAUUACAAAACUGGAUGGCCAUGCCAAGGGUGGUGGAGCUCUCAGUGCUGUUGCUGCAACGAAGAGUCCCAUCAUAUUCAUUGGUACUGGUGAGCACAUUGAUGACUUUGAGCCGUUUAAAACUAAACCAUUUGUCUCAAAGUUGCUUGGCAUGGGAGAUAUUGAGGGUUUGAUUGAUAAAGUAAAUGAAUUAAACUUGGAUGAUAAUGAAGAGUUGAUUGAGAAAAUAAAACAUGGUCAGUUCACACUACGAGAUAUGUAUGAGCAAUUUGACAACAUCAUGAAAAUGGGGCCAUUCUCACAAAUCAUGGGAAUGAUACCUGGUUUCAGUCAAGAUUUUAUGUCAAAAGGUAGUGAACAAGAGUCAAUGGCCAGACUCAGGAGGCUCAUGACAAUUAUGGACAGCAUGAACGAUGGAGAAUUGGAUAACAAAGAUGGAGCUAAGCUGUUCACCAAGGAAACGGGUAGAAUUGUCAGAGUAGCUCAAGGCUCUGGUGUAACGGAGAAAGAAGUCAAAGACUUAAUCUCUCAGUACACUAAGUUUGCAGCUGUUGUGAAGAAGAUGGGUGGUAUCAAAGGUCUCUUCAAAGGAGGAGAUAUGAUGAAGAACGUCAACCAAGCUCAGAUGGCCAAACUCAACCAACAAAUGGCCAAGAUGAUGGAUCCCAGGGUCUUGCAUCAAAUGGGCGGUAUGUCAGGAUUGCAGAACAUGAUGCGACAAUUGCAGCAAGGUGCCAUGGGCGGAUUAGGUAAUUUAAUGGGUGGUUUUGGAAACAAAUCUUGAUCUUCAUAAUAUGCCUACAUACUGCCUAAUUGUUUCGAAUAUUCAAAAUAGUUCUUCAAACAAAAGUCUUUUUGAUUGGACAAAAAGUUAGGAAACAACUACCUUCUGUCUUUAAAAUGAUUUCCUUCCAGAAAUUUUCUACUGACUAGAUUUGCUCAACAGCAAAUUCUGUGGCAAUCUUGUCAUACUAUAUGUAUGACACUAAUCAAAAUCAGCCUAGCUGCAUUUUACGUCGCCUAAUUUCUUUCCAAUUUGUAUUAUUUUAACAGAGAACCCAACAAUAUCACGCCUCAAAACUUUCUGUAAAUCACUUAAUUGUAAGCAACAUACAUUUCAAGUCAAAAUGAGCAGGUACCUUCUUCUUUUCUGAAUAAUAUAAUACUUUAGAGAUAUAAAUGAGAAAAAAUUAGGCAAUGUCAAUUGUAGUCAGGUUCAUUCUGGUUAAAAAUUUCCACAUGUAGAUAAUCGAGUAUUUUGUUCAUUGGUUUCCAAACUGUUUGUUUUAAUUUUUUAUGAAGAACUGGAUUUUUUUCAAAUAGGUACCUACGAAUUUAAUGUAAAAUGAAAAGGAAACAAGGAUACAUUAAUCAAUUCUUACCAAUUACCAUAAUCAGUGGUACUUCUAAAGGUUCCUGAAAACAGCAGGUGUCCUUUUCUUUGCCCCUUUCUCUUUGUUAAGUAAUUUUUGUUAUGUAUCACUCAUUCUGUUUGUAGUCAGUACCUGUUAUGAUACUUGAAUGAUGGUUAUCGGAUGCUUUCUACUUUCUUGUCUAUAUUGUCUAUAUUACUCUUGUCUCUUGUUGGAUUGGAAAAUUAGACUAAUUCUUAUGAAUAAAAAGCAUCUUUUUGUAUCAUCA